AUGAUUGCAAAAUUAGAUAAUAAAAGUUUAAAACAUAAUACUUUAACAAGAAUGAUGGAAAUACUUAGUAAAACAUAUUAUUCAACAAAUAAAAAUAAAACUACAUCAGAUAAAAAUAAAACAACAUUAACAUCUAGUUUAAUAAUGAUAAAAACAAUUAUGCAAUUUGAAAAAGUUAAAAUAAAUAAAUUAAAAGAUGACCAACAAUUAGAAAAUUUAGUAAUAUCUAAAGAUCAAAACAAUAAACUUGCAAAUACUGCAUCACAUUCAAAGCAUCAUGAAAAACAUCUCAAGAAAAACCAACAAAUAUAUUCAAAUUUAACAUCUUGGUUAAUUGAAGGACCAAAUGUUUGA